CUGACCUCUACUAUGACGGCGCCCCGGGCAAAUUUCAGCAGAAGUUUCAGUUCCCUCUGGCGACGAAACUCGACUACCGCGUGAUGUACAUCGAUGAGAACGUAGCGAUGGAAUAUGACUGCCACACCACGGCCCUCGGAGUGACCAACUACUGCGUGCACUUCAUGGCUAGAACUCCCACCAUGGACGAGGGAACGCUGGCGGCCCUCAUCGAAUACACGAAUCAGCUCGGCCUCAACAACCAGAACAUCGAAUACAAAGCCACGAAACAGGAGGGAUGCUGGUAGUGUAGUGUAGUGCAGUGGUAUUAUUAUUAUUAUUAUUAUUAUUAUUAUUAUUAUUAUUAUUAUUAUUAUUAUUAUUAUUAUUAUUAUUAUUAUUAUUAUUAUUAUUAUUAUUAGUUGUAGUAGUAGUAGUAGUAGUAGUUGUAGUAGUAGUAGAAGUAGCAAUGGUAGCGCUAGUGGUAGUAAUAGUAGUAGAAGCAGCAAUAAUAGUAGUGUUUUUGUCUAAAACUCUAAAUAAAUAAACCCACUGUGAUAUGG